UUCAUUAUUAAAUAGUCCUAAAACGGCAUAAUGUAGGCCUAUUCUGUAUUUUAUAGCCUACUCUUUUUAUGAUGAUUUGAGCUACAGCCUAAACGAAGUAAGAAAUGGUUUAUUGUAUUAUCAGACCUACACAUAUAUUGAUAUAUUUGGCCUUUGCAAUUUUUAAUUAAUGUUUUACAAUUUCCAGAUAUUGUCAUUAACAAGGCUUUUACUUUUCGGGGAAAGGGGCCGGAAAUCGUUAAUUUCAAUCCUCAAACGGAGAGCGAGCAACCUUCUCUAUUAAAUCCACAGUAUUCUAGCCCGUUUGACGACGCGCUUAUGAUGUCUCGCAUCUCCUAUGUAAAUAAGCGCCCUUCAAAUAUCUGGAUUGCACUGAAGAGGCUGGAAAAAAACGAUGAUAGACUAUGGAAUCUACAUGAAGUACCAAUUCCAGAAGGAGUGGAUGCUGCUGUGGUUAAAAAGAUUGUUUCCACUGCCUUCGGGUUGAACCCUGACAAUGCCAUAUUAAAGAUCAGAAACCAAAAUGGAUGUCUGAUGCCUUUAAAUUGUUCCAUCCUUCCUAACAGCAAACACACGCCAUAUGUGCUGGAAGUGGUCAAGAUCUUCCAACAUGUGUGUCCCAAACCCAGAACCAUUUGCAAUAAUGUGAUCAACAAGAGCUUGAAGAACAGACUGCAGUCUAUUGACAGAAAGAUCCAGAGAAUAGAAGACCUUCUACCUGAUAUCAAACUCAGACACAACGAGAAACUCAAUCAGGAAAUUGAGUCUUUGGGACAGAAAUUGAUGUUCCUUCACAAGAGAAUGCAGGUGGCAGAUUCCCACUGCUGGAGAGGCGUGCUGACCAGAGCACCACUAUGGUAGAACAGCCCUGAUUGGUCCAUCCAGAGCACCAUUGUGGUCGAACAGCCCUGAUUGGUCCAUCCAGAGCACCACUAUGGUAGAACAUCCCGGAGUUAUCUGACCAGAGCACCGCUGUUGUAAAACAUCCCUGAUUGAUCUCUCUCCCAGGAGUCUGAAGGACUUCUGAUAACAAAGGAUAUAAUAGCUGACGGUCGUUUUUUUUGUUCUUGCAUGGACACGGACAAGUUUAACAUGACUUAAAAUUGAAGUCGUGUUAAACUUGAAUUUCAAUUCCACAAAA